AUGUUGGUGAAAAACAAGAAAGGGCAAAUGGCAUAUGGUUAUGCAUCCCCUUUUUACAUUGGUGACCGAUUUUAUUCGUCUUUUUCCAUGAUCGAAGGGAAUCAUAGUUCAAGAAACGAGUACAUGAACAUUAGUUAUGUUAUGAGCUUCACGACACGUGGCGAAUUUGAAUUCGGUGGUAAAAUCCCAGGGUCAAAAAUGGUUGAAAUCUCAGCAGAAAGCGUGUAUAACACCAAAAAUGGAGUUAUGUAUCAGAAAGUAGCUGUUAAUACUCAAGAAGGAUGA